AUGCCUGUGCCUGUGCCUGUCGCCCGCGCUGUCUCCUCAUCCACCCGCACCACCAAUACGCCGUCUUCCCUGACCAAUACCAGACACCAUCUUAUUCUCGACUGGCCUCGUCCCGACUCCGACCCCUCUUGCGGCUUGCGGCUUGCCUUCUCUUCACACCUCGCAGACUGCCAUACCUACGGAUCCUUCGUACAGACUACAACCGAGUGCUCAAGGCUCAAGCCCAGAGUAGACGACGACGGAUAUACUCCGUACCCCGACCACCCCCUGGCCCCUCCGUCCUGCGCCCACGCGUGGAAACAGCCUGUUAGUGUUGGGGCCGAGAAACGGGAAGACGAGUCCCCUUCAUCCAAGCAAGCAUCCAGCAUCCAAGCAAUCCCAGGUCCAGGUCCUGCUCCCAGCACCAAGUACCCGCGCACCCAAGCACCCAAGCACGAAAAUUGUGCAGAUCUGGCUGGGCCACUGGCUUGCUCGAUUCUCCCUCUUCGCGCGCCGCUCCCUACCUUGCCUUAG